GCCUCGCCGCGCCGGGGAGCCACAACAACAACUCGGGCCGCGGCCAGAGCGAGCCUGCCACCCGCAGCAGCAGCAGCAGCGGAGAGAGACGCGCCGCCGCCGCCGCCGCCGAGCAGCCCUGCUUCUCUCCCGCUCGCCUCGCUCCUCCAUGGCCCCAUCCGAGCCGGCCCGCUUCCCCUCGCCUUAGAGAGGCGCCACCGCCGCCACCCAGCCAGCAGCCCUCCCCGACCUGCCGUGCCUCACUUUCCCUCCUCAUAGUUGACCGUUGGAGUCCCGCCCCCUCCUCCCCCCCCCACCCCGGCCCCCUCACCCCGUCCCGCCUCGCGCGCCUCUUCUCCCCUCAAUAAGGCGACUCCGCUGCUGGCCUCGGCGCGGCUCCUCCGCGGCGCGCGCCAACUUUUCUCCGCCGAAGUCGGCCUCGGGGCUCCUUCUCCGCCUCUCCCCCCCCUUCUUCGCCCGGAGGGGGGGCCGCGGCUAUGAGCAUGGCCGCCCCGGCUCCUCUCGUCCCGCCGGCCCCGCUGGGGGUGCCCCCUCCGCCGCCCGUCUCCACCGCGGCCGCCACCGUGACCACCGCCACCAGCAGCGCCACCGUCGCCGCCGCCUCGCCGCCCGCCGCCGCGCCCUCCGCCACUGCCGCCGCCGCCGCCGCCGCCUGCUCCGCAGUGGCCGCUGCCGCCGCCGCUUCGUCCUCUUCUGCUGCCGGCGGCGUCGGCGAGGGCUUGGUAGUGCCGGUGCCGUCGGCGGCCAAGCCGGUGUACUCGACGCCGUCGCCGGUGGAGAACACGCCGCAGAACAACGAGUGCAAGAUGGUGGAGCUGCGGGGCGCGCAGGUGGCGUCGUUCACGGUGGACGGCCAGGAGCUGAUCUGCCUGCCGCAGGCCUUCGACCUCUUCCUGAAGCACCUGGUGGGCGGCCUGCACACCGUCUACACCAAGCUCAAGCGCCUCGAGAUCACGCCCGUCGUCUGCAACGUCGAGCAGGUGCGCAUCCUGCGCGGCCUCGGCGCCAUCCAGCCCGGCGUCAACCGCUGCAAGCUCAUCUGCCGGAAGGACUUCGAGACCCUCUACAACGACUGCACCAACGCCAGUUCCAGACCUGGACGGCCUCCAAAGCGGACUCAGAGUGUAACUUCACCAGAGAACUCUCACAUCAUGCCGCAUUCUGUCCCUGGUCUCAUGUCUCCGGGAAUCAUCCCGCCAACAGACACUUGGUGGUCUCACUUCCAUAAUAUUUUCUAUGAUUCAUCAGUACCUCUGGUGACAAUCAACGAGCCACGGCUAAAGGGGACCCCCGAGUGGCCGCCGGUAUCCACUGAAGAGAUAACCGUGUUGAUUAAGCAUCUAAAAAAAGGUCUCACAGCUGCAGCAGCUGCAGCAGCCGCAGCCACCAACGCCGCGAUUGCAGAAGCCAUGAAGGUGAAAAAAAUCAAGUUAGAAGCUAUGUCAAACUAUCAUGCCAGUAAUAAUCAGCACGGAGCAGAGUCCGAGAAUGGAGAUCUGAAUUCUAGUGUGGGCCUGGAGCUUCCUUUUAUGAUGAUGCCUCAUCCGCUCAUUCCUGUCAGCCUGCCUCCUGCCUCAGUCACAAUGGCCAUGAGUCAGAUGAACCACCUUAGCACCAUUGCCAACAUGGCCGCCGCAGCACAAGUACAGAGUCCUCCCUCAAGAGUUGAGACGUCUGUUAUUAAGGAACGAGUACCAGACAGCCCUUCUCCUGUUCCUUCCCUUGAAGAGGGCCGAAGGCCUGGAAGCCAUCCGUCCUCUCAUCGUAGCAGCAGUGUCUCCAGCUCCCCAGCCCGAACUGAAAGUUCUUCAGACAGAAUCCCAGCUGUCCAUCAGAAUGGAUUGUCCAUGAACCAGAUGUUGAUGGGUUUAUCGCCGAAUGUUCUGCCUGGUCCAAAAGAGGGUGACCUGGCUGGUCAUGAAGGUCAUGAUGCAAAAAGAAUGCACAUGGAAAAAGAUGAGACCUCGCUCUCCACACCAACCGCAAGAGACAGCAUUGACAAACUUUCGCUAACUGGCCACGGGCAGCCACUACCUCCAGGUUUCCCAUCUCCUUUUCUAUUUCCUGAUGGAUUGUCGUCCAUAGAAACCCUUCUGACGAACAUUCAGGGCCUGCUAAAGGUUGCCAUAGAUAAUGCCCGAGCUCAAGAGAAGCAGGUCCAGCUGGAAAAGACUGAGCUCAAGAUGGAGCUGUUCAGGGAACGAGAACUGAGGGAAACACUUGAAAAACAGUUGGCGGUGGAACAGAAGAACAGAGCAAUAAUUCAGAAAAGGUUAAAGAAAGAAAAGAAAGCCAAGAGGAAAUUGCAGGAAGCACUUGAAUUCGAGACAAAGCGACGAGAACAGGCAGAGCAGACAUUGAAACAGGCGGCUUCCACAGAUAAUCUCAGGGUCCUAAAUGACUCUCUGACCCCAGAGAUAGAAGCUGACCGCAGUGGGGGCAGAACAGAUGCUGAAAGGACAAUACAAGUUCUGUCCAGAUCGCUAUCCAUAACUUCAUUAAAGUGUCCCCACCCCCGGGAUCUGGUCACCUUUCGUGAAGGCAACUUAACUGCUGAUGAAGCUUUCUAAAGAAGGUGGAAGACUUUAUUUGAAAACUACUGUCAUGUACUGAACUGCUGAAGAAAUGUGCGUAAAGAACUCUGCAGUAAGAAAUUCACCAAAGUUCUGCAAAAAAGAAAAAAAAAGGUGCUUUCCAGACAAGGUAGCCACUUCAUGUAUCCGGGUGUUCUUGCGGAGGUUUUAAGCGUUCUGCCAAGAGCAUCCUCCACGUAGGCUGGGGCUUUUUCCUGUGAUGCAGAGAACUUUUCUACCACUCCUAUAGCACUUUUCUAAGCAGCCAGCUCUCUGAAACUUUGCUGUUGGACAUCGCCUUGUACAGACUGGCCAGAGCAAGACUUUGCAUUCCCUUUUUGGCGGGACGAAAACUGUGUCCUCCUCUGAUAAUCUGAGCACAUGAAGCAAAUCUUCCACAGUAACCACUUCUAUGGCAAAAGACUUUUGUGCCAUACAUAAACCAGCAAGAUAGUACAGAAGUCAACUUUUUCUCUAAAGGGACACGAGAUUCUUACCAACACAUAACAAGAGGAGAGAGAGAGAGGGAAAAAAAAUCAAACGUUACGUUUUGUUUCCAGUUCCAGGACAGGGGUCUUGUUUUCCUUAUAGACAUGUUUUUCCCCCACCCCAUACUUCUAUGAGAGACCAAGCUUGAGUACAGUUUUAACUUGGGAAAAGAGCCGAAUGUAAAUUUUACUGUUCGCAAUAGUCUCUUUUGCUUAAAUUAAACUUUAAAAAAAUGGUUUGUAAGUUCUCACUCGAGUGGUUUGGGAGGAGGAACGAUAACAAGAUGUUGUGUCGUGCUGAAGUCGUUGGUCAGACCAUGUACAGUAUAUAACCACCCACCACACACAGAAGGUAUUAUGUAUUCAGUAGAUUACUAGAUUUUAGGGGAGAUGACAAUUUUAGAGAAUAUGUUUUGUCACCCUGUUGGUCCAAACGACACCUUUCUAGAUUUAACGCAUGCAGGCAUGUAAAUAUUUGUCCUGAAGUCACAGUAUUAAUGAACAAGAUCUUACACAUCUGGGGACGGCAGCCACGCUUAUUUGUACAUUGGUCAGUGCUGUGAAAAAGCACUUUUAGAGUGGACUGUGGCUCAAGAGCAGGUCGACCCACCAGAAAUAUUUUUCUAUAUUAAUGUCAUAUGGCGUCAAUGUUGCUGGGGGGCGGGGGGGAGAUUACCCAGAUAACUCAACAGACACUUGAUGUAUCAGUCCAAUACCACGUAGAGCUAAGUGAUAAUGUUGAAUCCAUCCUGUCCUUCCUUUCCACCUUGUCUUGGGCAAGGACAAGUUGCGUGUUAUUUUUACCGUCUUUAUAAACUCUACGAUAUACGUUCUCCAACUUCGUGCUCAUCAUUGGAAGUCAGCUACAACCGAGUGCUUAUUACGUAUCAAGGAAUCUUCUUUGCUUGACCUCCUUCUCCAGGUUAUCCCUUUAACGACAGCCCUGAAAUUUGGGUUCAUCGUUGGUAAUUAUGGUUUCUCCAUCUUUAAAGCUUUAUGCACAUGCUAAUCAGGAACCAAACAUGCCUAAAAUUCCUCUGCUGACAACAGCUUUCAUUGUCAAACCGAAUAUCUGUGUCUAGUGGAAACCAAGGGCCAGAUUACAUGUUAUAUUUUGCACGAGUUCCCUGCUGGGUCUUGCAACCAUGCGACAGACAUGAGUUCUCAGUGGCAGCUCCAUUUAGAAAUGCUAGAGGGACCCAGAUAAAGCCAGGAUCACAGCAGUGGAGGAGAAGGGGCUCACAUAGAAUGUAACAUGUAGUUUGACCUUUAUCCUGUUUUAAAACCCGAACCACCCAUCCGCCAUUAGCUGGUUUUGAUCAGGACCUUUGAUUUUGUGUGGCCUGCUGUUAUUUUAUGCCUACCAAUGUAUUAAAACUGUGGCCGGAAAGAAUUUAAAGGAAAAAUGAAGAACUAUCUUGUCAUUAAAGAAUUGUUUCACAGUAUGUAGUAAAUUUUGGUUUCUUCUUUUAAAAUAGUACUAUCAUUUCUGAUCAUCUCUACUCCUUUUUUAUUUUUAAUGAUGUGGUCUUUAAAAGGGUAUGAACCUAGAUGGACUUUGUGGCAAACUUCUAAACCUGAGAGUUCAGAAAUACAAAACAAAACCUAUAUGUGAAAUCUGUAAUAGUGUCUACCGUCACUCCUGUUCCCUGCAAAGAGUCACCUGUAAGUAGUUUUAACUGUUUCUUACCAUGUAUACUUUCCAGACUGUUCGGUAUGCAUCAUUGUUUGGUACAAACGUAAAUGGAAAUGCUGAGAAUUACGAGGAAAAGAAGUAUAUCUUAUUAAAACAAGUGUAAAUAUUACCGUUCAUGAAAUGCUACCGUAUGAUGAAUUUGGAUUUUUUGCCCCUCUUUAGUUAAUCACAGGUUUUUUCCUUCUGCCUAGAUUAUGAAGAAACGUGUUCAUGUUAUUGUUUAUAUGCUUUUUUGGGUAAUCUUAAAGAUAUUAAUGUCUAGUUGUUCUAUAUUAUAACCAUCUUUGCGCUCUAUGCAAGCCCUUGGAACAGUACAUCCGCAUCUUCAUGUAGGACCUAUGAAAAUUGUCUAUUUUUAUCUAUAUAUUUAAAGUUUUCUAAAAAUGAGAAAAAAAGGUUAUUAUGAAUUUUGUUGUACAAAAUCUGUACAAAAAAAUCUGUUUUUACAUCAUAAUGCAAGAAUUGGAAAAUUUUUCUAUGGUAGCCUAGUUAUUUGAGCCUGGUUUCAAUGUGAGAACCACGUUUACUGGUAUUGUAUUUAAUUUUCUUCCUUUUUUUCCUCCUUUUCAACAAUCUGCUAAUAAAACUGUCUGAAAUCUG